AACCACUACGACGUUCUGGGCGUCGAGGUCGCGGCCGGGGACCGGGACGUCAAGGUCGCCUACCGCGACCUCGCGUUGCUCGUGCACCCGGACAAGUGCGGCGCGGACGGCGCGGCGGAGGCCUUCCAGAAGAUCAACGAGGCGAACGAGGUCCUCGGCGACUCGGCGAAGCGCGCGACCUACGAC